CCGCAGACCCCUCGGAGCGCCGCGGGGCCUCAGCGAAGAGGUGGCGGUAGGAGGCGGCCAGAGCCGCCGGCUCCGCGCUGUAGCUCAUGGCGGCGGAGCAGGACCGGCGGCUGCGGCGGUGCUUAAAAAUAAAUAAGCAUUUGAAGAUGACGACCUCAUGGAGCGACAGACUCCAGAAUGCAGCCGAUCUCCCUGCAAACAUGGAUGGGCAUGCCCUGAAAAAGUACCGACGGGAAGCCUAUCACCGGGUCUUUGUAAACAGAAGUUUAGCCAUGGAAAAGAUAAAGUGCUUUGGUUUUGAUAUGGAUUAUACACUUGCUGUGUAUAAAUCCCCUGAAUACGAAUCUCUUGGAUUUGACCUGACCGUAGAAAGAUUAGUUUCCAUUGGAUACCCUCAUGAGCUGCUCAAUUUUGUGUAUGAUCCUGCAUUCCCUACCAGAGGCCUGGUGUUCGAUACUCACUACGGAAACCUGUUGAAAGUUGAUGCCUAUGGGAACCUCCUAGUGUGUGCACAUGGCUUUAAUUUCCUCAGAGGGCCUGAGACACGGGAUCAAUAUCCAAAUAAAUUUAUCCAGAGGGAUGACACAGAUAGGUUUUACAUUCUGAAUACGUUAUUCAACCUACCAGAGACCUACCUAUUGGCUUGCCUAGUGGAUUUCUUUACUAACUGUGACCGGUACACUAGCUGUGAAACAGGGUUUAAAGAUGGAGACCUCUUCAUGUCCUUCAGGAGUAUGUUCCAGGAUGUCAGAGAUGCUGUUGACUGGGUUCAUUACAAGGGAUCACUUAAGGAAAAGACCCUUGAGAAUCUGGAAAAGUAUGUGGUGAAAGAUGGGAAGCUGCCACUGCUGCUCAGCCGCAUGAAUGAAGUUGGGAAGGUGUUUCUUGUCACAAACAGUGACUAUAAAUACACAGAUAAAAUUAUGACUUACUUGUUUGACUUUCCACAUGGACCAAAGCCUGGGAGUGCCCAUCGGCCGUGGCAGUCCUACUUCGACCUGAUCCUGGUGGAUGCACGAAAACCCCUCUUCUUUGGGGAAGGCACUGUGUUGCGGCAGGUGGACACGGUGACUGGGAAGCUGAAGAUUGGUACCUACACUGGCCCACUGCAGCAUGGCAUUGUGUACUCAGGAGGCUCUUCAGACACAGUCUGCGACCUGCUGGGGGCCAAAGGGAAGGAUAUCUUGUACAUUGGAGACCAUAUCUUUGGAGACAUCCUCAAAUCCAAGAAGCGCCAGGGCUGGAGGACCUUCCUGGUGAUCCCUGAGCUGGCACAGGAGCUGCACGUCUGGACAGACAAAAGUGCCCUUUUUGAAGAGCUGCAGAGUCUGGACAUCUUCUUGGCCGAGUUGUACAAGCAUCUGGACAGUAGCAGCAAUGAACGCCCCGACAUCAGCUCCAUCCAGAGACGCAUUAAGAAAGUGACCCACGACAUGGACAUGUGCUACGGGAUGAUGGGGAGCCUCUUCCGCAGCGGCUCUCGGCAGACCCUGUUUGCCAGCCAAGUGAUGCGCUACGCUGAUCUCUAUGCAGCCUCCUUCAUCAACCUCCUCUACUACCCCUUCAGCUACCUCUUCAGAGCCGCCCAUGUCCUGAUGCCACACGAGUCCACGGUGGAGCACACGCACGUUGACAUCAAUGAGAAGGAGUCACCGAUGGCCACGCGCAAUCGCACCUCAGUGGAUUUUAAAGAUUCUGACUACAAGCGGCAUCAACUGACCCGCUCCAUCAGCGAGAUCAAACCGCCCAACCUCUUCCCCCAGGCACCUCAGGAAAUCACGCAUUGCCACGACGAGGAUGACGAUGAGGAAGAGGAAGAGGAGGAAGAAGAGGAGGAAGAGGAAGAAGAAUAAGAAGGAAAAAGCAAAGCGUCUCUGAAGACAGACCAUGACUCUAGCAGUGAUCAGGAGCGGAUUCCUUUGUUGGGGCCCUUGGGGUGAUGGGUUGGGGGGGGUGUGAUUCUUGCAAAGGCACAUUUUGGAAGUGUCCAGAUACUUUUAACAAAUCAACACUAAUUAGGAGGAGACCCUUGUUUUCAGUUUUGCAGACGGUUUAAAAAGCUGUUGGGUUCUGCCUGGGUGGUGCAUUCAGAUGGGACUGCCUGCCUGGGCUGUCAUGCUGCUCCCAUUACAUUAGGGAUGCUGCAUGUUUCUCCCUUUCCCAUGGUGUGUUUCAUCUGAUCCUCAUUUGAACGGUGUCCUGUGAACGGUUUUUGCCUUUUGUUACAUUCUCUGUGGAGAAGGAAGGGAUGUGCUGGGCCCUGCAGGAGACAAAAUCAUCCAAAUCCUCCUGCCGUUUGGGUUGCUGCCCUUUCAACCCUCUGCUUCUGGGUUACAAACUGCCCCUCCCCGUGUUAGCCAGGGUGUUGCUGUGGUUUCCAGCACUCAGUUUACCUUCUGCUUGGUGUGAGUUUCUGUGUGUCAGUGGCUUGAUUCCUCCGUCUGUCACAGAUGGCGGUGGGAUUCCAGCUCUUGCAUAUCUGCAGCUGUACACGUUUCGGCUUGUAGAUGCUUGUUAUCCUCUCCCAGUGUUCCAAACUCUUUCAUCAUCAGCAUGUGAUGCAUGUUUUCCAACACAUUUCUCCAACAGCUGAGCCGCACGCUGUGUUCUCAACUCCUGUAGUUUCAGCAGUAAUUAUUAACCCAGGAGCUUGAAGCCACUGCUGUAGCAUUACAUUAGUCUGUUUUCCUAUUGCUUAUUACUGACCUUUCUGUCUGCUGAGCUUUAACAAAGUGAAGCAUCCCAAAGGCAAACCCAGCCACCACCUGGAGCGAAAGGGCCUGUUAUUCCAGGGUGUCUGCCCUAAACUAGGGAACAGCACAUGCCACAGGGCCAGCCCCGCAUGGGAACUGGGAAGCUCCAGCCCUGCUGGCAAAUGCCCUUGUCUUUGGCCUGGAGCAAACAGAGCCUCAUUGCAGGCUGCAGUGGCCAAGGAGGGUGAUGGCUGCAGGGUUUGGCAUGGUCCUUGUGCUGGAAUUCACCCUGGGGAAGGCACAGGGCUGCACCCAGCCAGACAACAGCACCCUGUGCUUUUCCUCCAUGUCAUGGAGCAGCCUCCCUUACUCCCCCCGUGCCGUUCGCUGUGAAGGGAUUACAAUGAGGGCCCUCUUGUAGUUAAUUCGACUGUUGUUUCAGUUUCAUAAACUCACUGAAUUUUGGUUUUCCAUUUUAAAGUACCUUAGGAGACAAUAAAA